UUUUCGGGCUCCCCAAAAUACCCAACCCAAAAAAAGAGCACGAAAACUGGACGAAAAACUCCCGGAAAAGCCCAAAACAACAACAACACACGCUGAUAAACUGCAAAAGUAAACAAAUUGCGCCGAAACUCAACGAAUUUGGGGAAAAUUGCAGCCAGACCAGAGGAAAACAGAGGAAAAGCAAAAAGCCGUUACCACAUGACCGGCCCUACAGUUUGAGCUGCACUGGGUUCUAAGCCAGACGCGAGCAGAACGAGGAAAAAAGGGAACCACCAUGCGACUGACUCAACGAAGGCCCCUCAGCGAAAUGUCCAAGCGAAACGGAUUCCAGCAGCAGAAGGCCAUCAAAUAGAUUGGCAAUACAGAAAUUAAAUAAAUUAACCGAAAAUCUGCAAAACCCCAGAGAAUAUACACUUUGAAGUGCCAAAAAAAGAGAGAAAAGCGCUGAAGCUACGAGAACUCCCAGAGGAGAGGGAGAAGGUUCGGUUUUUUUCCAUAGACCGAGCGUUAGAAAGCCGCCAAAAUUACGACAUACCACCCACCCACGCCCAAAGUCAAACAGAACCCGGCCAAUACGGACGCCAUGUCCGGGCCGGGGGCUUUUGACGAUGAGCCACCUCCAGAGCCCCGAGACGGAUGGCUACUGGUGCGCAUCCACGUGCCGGAGCUGAAUGUCUACAAGUGUCUGCAGUUCCCAUCGGAGCGGCUCGUCUGGGAUGUCAAACAGCAGGUGCUCGCCUCGCUGCCGAAGGAACUGAAGGAGAGCUUCAACUACGGCCUGUUCGCCCCGCCCGCCAAUGGGAAGGCGGGAAAAUUCCUGGAUGAAGAACGCCGCCUGGGCGAUUAUCCCUUCAACGGACCCGUGGGCUACUUGGAGCUCAAGUACAAGAGGCGGGUGUACAAAAUGCUCACCCUGGACGAGCGCCAGCUGAAGGCUCUGCACACGCGGGCCAAUCUGCGUCGCUUCCUGGAGUGCAUCAAUGGCGGGCAUGUGGAGAAGAUAGCCAAGAUGUGCGCCAAGGGCCUGGAUCCCAAUUUCCACUGCUCGGAGAGCGGCGACACUCCACUCACGGUGGCCACGGGCGCCAAGAAGCCGAACAAGCUGCUCAUCGCUUUGGUCAACGGAGGGGCUUUGCUGGAUUACAGGACCAAGGAUGGAACUACCGCUCUUCAUAGGGCAGUGGAGCAUGACUCCCUGGAGGCAGUGAGUACCCUCCUCGAACUGGGCGCCUCGCCAAACUACCGCGAUGGACGUGGCAUCACCCCGCUGUACAUCUCCAUCACCAGGAAGUGCGAGGCCAAGAUCACCGAGAGCCUGCUGCACGACCAUGCCACGCUGGGCAUCCAGGACAGCCAGGGCUGGAACGAGGUUCACCAGGCCUGUCGGCAUGGCCUCGUCCAGCACCUGGAACACCUGCUGUUCUACGGUGCUGACAUGGACGGCCGCAAUGCGUCCGGCAAUAGUCCGCUGCAUGUGUGCGCCGUUAACAACCAAGAGGCUUGUGCCAGAAUGCUUCUCUUUCGCGGCGCCCAGCGCGGCGCCCAGAACUUUGCCAAUCAAACUCCCUACCAGGUCGCCGUCAUAGCCGGCAACUUGGAGCUAGCCGAAAUCAUUGAGAACUACAAAUCGGAGGAUAUUGUUCCCUUCCGCGGACCGCCGCGCUACAAUCCGAAGCGCCGCUCGGGCAUCGGGUGGUUGAGCGCCAACGGAGCCGCCGGCGCAGCUCUGCUGGCAGCGGCUGGCGGUGGUUUCGGUGGUGCAAUGGUCGGUGGCUCCAAUGGCACUGUGAACGGAAACAACGGGGCUGGCGGUGGUGUUGGUCUGAUGCUCAGCCACCAGAAUCACCAGAACCACCAGCAGCACUUGGCCAGCGUCCACCAUCAUCAGCAGCAGCAGCAGCAGCUGCACCACCACCAGCACCACCAGAAUCACCACCAGCAGCUGCCCCACCUGCACACCCUGCAGCUCCACGGGCCGCCCUCGCCCUGCCCCUCGGAGCACAUGCUGGCCUACAGCUCGGCCAGCUCCAGCCUCUCCGAGGGCUCCUCCGGCCACCGAUCCCACGAGGACGACAUAAGCAUUGUGACAGACAAAUCCCUGGGCGACACCAGCGACAUAAUCAGCGAUUCGUCGGGCGUGGGAACCAACUCGGAUUCGGCAGCCUGCUCCAUCGGGCAUCCCAGCACCACGGUGGUGUGCAUGGAGCCCUAUGUGGGCACCACAGUGGGCCACCUGCGCCUCCAGCCGGGCGACGUCAUCGAGGUGGUGGGCAGCACCGACUGCGGACUGCUCGAGGGCUAUGUGCGCGGCACCAAUCAGUCCGGCUUCUUUCCGGCCGACUGCGUCCAGGAGGUGAGUCUGCGCCAGAAGCACAUCACCAACGUGAUGACCGCCAGCACGGGCAUGGCUCCCCAGCAGCAACAGCAGCAUCUGCAGCAGCUCCCAGCCUCCUCCGCCGCCUCCUACCAGGGAUCACCACAACUGAGCCUGGGCGGACACUCCGGCAGCUCCAGCACUCUGCUCCAGCAGCCCCACCAGUCGCCCUCGCUCUCUGUGGCCAGCAACGGAUCCUGCCAGCAGCCGGGAGAGAGCAAUGGAGGUGGAGGAGGAGGAGCAGGAGGAGCAUCCGGCAAUGGCCGAAACAACAACCACUCGGUGGGUCAGUACAGCAGCGCCACUGCUCCGCGCAUCAAAAAGAGCGCCUACAACGCUCCACGUUCGGUGGUGCUGCACCGGGCCAAGCGCGGUUUCGGCUUCAUCCUGCGCGGCGCCAAGGCGAGUUCCCAGCUGAUGCAGCUGCGUCCCUCGGAGCGCUUCCCGGCGCUCCAGUACCUGGACGACGUGGAUCCGGGUGGAGUGGCCGACAUGGCGGGCCUGCGUCCCGGAGACUUCCUGCUGACGAUCAACGGCGAGGACGUGACCUCCGCCUCGCACGAGCAGGUCGUGGAGAUGAUCCGUUCGGCCGGGGCGCUGGUCAACUUGACGGUGGUCUCGCCGCAGUUUCCCCACCAGAUGCAGGCCAGUGUGCAGUAUCUGCCCAGCGGAGCACGAGCGGGCAGCCAGCACCUGAACAGCGGACCCAGCACUCCGCAGAGUUCCCAUCGCCAGUGCGCCACGUUGCCCAGGAAGAUGACGGGUCCAGGCGGCGGAGGAGGUUCCUCCUCCGGUGGCAGUGUACGCAUGGCGCCGAUGCCACCCCGACGGGAUCCCAAAACCACUUUAAGUGUGGGCCGGGCCAGAGCCAAAUCCAUGGUGGCUGGCCUGGAGAACGGCGGAGAGAAGGAGGACGAGCUGCCGCACACGAAGUCCAACUCGGUGGAGUCGAUAGCCACCACACCGACCAUUCCCAGCCAGAUGGGACCCGGAACUCCGGUGCAGCUGCGCACGGCGAGCAUCAAGGCGCGACCCACUUCGAGCAGGAUCACGGCCGCCGAGCUGGAGGAGCUCUUCCAGCGGCAGCAGGGCGAGGGGGCGGCCAAUGCGAGUGCCAGUCGCUAUGCCACCAUGAUGACCAGCUCCCGUUUCCAGUCGGGAACGGACACUCCGCCCGCCUCCAAUGGCUCGCCCAUGCGAAGUGGUCCGCUGGUCUACGGCAGCGUGGCCGAGAUGAAGCGCAAGACGGCGAGGAGCAAGCAUGGCAGUGGAACCCUCCGUGGAAAGCCCGUGGCCACGCCCACCGUGGGAGCAGGGGGCGGAGCAGGGGGUCGCGACCUCAAGCGGUUCCAUUCCACACCCGAUUUGCAUGGUCCCCAGCUGCAUGGCUCGGCCUCAUCCAUUUGGCAGGCCGCUGGAAAAGGUCACCACUCGCAGGACGACGUGGCCACGCUGCAUGCGUCGCUGCAACGCUUGAACUUGAAUCAGGGAGAGCUGAAAUUGGGGGGAACGGGAGCAGGAGGAGCUGUUCUCCCUCCACCCAAUCACCCACCUCCACCGCCGCCCGUGGGCCAGGUGGUCAAGGUGGAGACGCGCAGCAGUGUCUCCGAGUACGAGAGCACCGUCUCCUUGCAGCAGAAGCUGAAGAAGCGCACGGAGAACGACGCGGUGACCAGUGCCGCCAUCGACGGGGUCCAGAGCAGCUUCAAUCCCUCGGCCAAUGCCAAGAUCUAUGCCUCGCCGCAGGAGCUGCGCAACGUGAUGGCCUGGAAGUUGCGGCAGGCGCAGGAGAAGCCCGCCCAGGAGACGUCGGCUGGAUCUCAACAGCCAGUUAGUCAGUAUGCAGCUCCCACGCAAGUGCGUUCUACUCCUCAACAGCAACAGCAAGUGCAACAGCCACCACAGCAGCUGGCCUCCCACUAUGCUGCUCCUCAAGUUCAGGUGCAAGUGCAACAGCCUGCUCCUCAAUCCCCGCCUGCUCCUCCACCACCUCAGGCACAGGCACCUCCACCAGUGGCGGCACAGAAUGGAAAUGGCACCUCCAGCGGCGGAACAGUUGCUCCUCCGAUUCCCGAACCCGACUACAGCUGCAGCGAGUCGGAUGGCGAGGAUGAGAACUCCAUUCUGGUGGCUCGGAAUACGAAGCUCAACGAGAAGAUAGCGCUGUUCGAUGUCCCAGAAACAAGUGGAAAUAGUCAGGCUAGCGGAAGCAGUUCCAACUCGGGCAGCGCCUCCAUUUCGCAUUCGCUCUCCGUGGAAGAGAUCCAGCGCAUUCGCAGCAAUCUCAAGACCUCCAAGUCUUCGCCGAAUGGCUUUGCCAAGAAGCCAGAGGAGGAGAAGCCACAGGAGCAGCAGCAGCAGCAACAGCAAUCCCACCAGCAACAGCAACAUCUGCAGCCUGGCGAAGAUGAGUGCGACAACAGCAGCUCCGGCGUGAGCAGCGAACAGGAGCAGAUGGCCCUGGCCGCUGGGGGAAAGCCCACCGAUACGAUCAAGAAGAAGCCAUCGGUGACCAUUGUGGAGGAGCCCAAGACCAUUCCCGAUCAGCCAGUCAGUCACACCACCAAGCCCAUGGCCAAGACCACGAUUAGCAUAGGAGGAGGAGGAUCAGGAGGAGCAAGUGCUGUGCCCACAGCCACGCUGACGGUGAAACAACUGGUGCAGCAGCAACAUGCACCAGUCAUCCAGCAGCAGCAGCAACAACUCGGCAGCAAGCAAUCAGUAACUGUUGCUGGUAGCAACACUAAGUUCACCAACAGCAACAUUAACAUCAACAGCAAUGUGAUGACUAGUCCCCAGGUCCUGGGACGCAUUCCCAACGUGCACCACCAUCAGCAGCAGUCGCUAAAUCCCAACCAGAAGCUGAUCGCCACCCAGCAGCAGAUUCUCCAGCAGCAGCAGCAGCAGCUGGCCCACCAGCAGCACCUGCAGCAGAUCCUCAAGGCGAAGGCCGCAGCAGCGGGAGGAGCCAGCAACACGGCCGCCCUGGUUGCCAAGCACCAGCAGAAGCUGCACAAGGGAACGGCGGGCGGCAGUGGCCACGAGUCGGAGAUGGAGGCCCGCUCCGAUCUGGAGGACGACGACGGCGAUCUGAGUCCCUCGCCGCCGGCCAAGGCCUUCCAGCGGCACAACUCUCUCACACGCAAGCAGGCGGCAGCGAUUGCCAUGCAGAGGGGCGCCACUAGAACCACGGCGGUGUCCCUGAUGCAACUCCCUCCGCCCCUCGAGGCGGACAGCGAUGGAGAGCCACAGUCGCAGAUGUCGACGCUUCAGCGGCAGCACUCCUCACAGAAUCCCCACCCACAUCUGCAGCAACUGCAGCAGCAACAACUGCAACAGCAGCAGCAGCAACAGCCGAUGGCCGCCCACAUCGUGGGCAUGCUGCCCAGCGGACAGCUGGUGGCUGUUGCCUCUGGCGCUGUUGCUGGCGUUCCGGGCGUUGGGGCGGCUGCGGUGCAGCCGGGCAACAACAAUCUGCAGCAGCUGUGCACCGACAAUCUGGUGCUGGCGCCGCCGCCGCAGUUCUGCGAUUGCAACGAUGCCAAGCACGCGCCGCAGCCGCAUCUGCCAACGAGCCAAUACCAUCCACAGCAGCAACAGCAACAGCAGCAGCAGCAACAGCAGCAGCAGCAGCAUCACCAGCAGCAGCAGCAGCUGCAGCAGCAACUGCAGCAGCAGCAGAUGCUGCAGAUGCACCAGCGUCUGUCCGGCGGAGCUGGGCCCGGAGCCGUGGGCACCUUGGGCCGGGUCCGCAUCGUGGGGGCCAUGCCCAAGGCCAACCACCACAGGCUGCACUAA